AUGGAUUAUACGCUGUUCUCGGCAGACCCUGCCCUGGCGGCCGUGGUCUUCAGUUGCCUCUGUCUGUCGGUCCUGGUGCCGCUGGCAGCGACUGUCAUCUGCUGCAGCCGCUCCUGCCGUCACAGACAUCAGGAGACGCACCAGGAGACCUGUCAGGAGCGUGACCGAGCCGCGUACAGGCGGUGCCGAGCCAACUGCAACGUGGCACUGCUCGUCAUCACACUCUGCGUCAUAUUCUGCGUGGCGGUUCUGCUGGUCGCGGCCGCUGUUCUGAUCCGCUCCGGACUGAACCGCUCGGGCCCCGCGGUCGGCGCCGCCCUGACCGAGGUACACACUGUGACCAGUGACGUGGCCGCCCGCCUCACCCACCUCCUCGGCUCGGAUAUGGAGACGGCCGUCCGCGACACGGAGAGACUCAUGGAGGGCGCGGCCCACCGUAGCACGGAGCAGAUCACCAUGCGGCUGGCCAACCAGUCACGCAUGACGCAGGUGUUCAAGUCGCUGUUCCAGCUCGACUCGAGCUUACAGACGGUAUCGGCCGGCCUCCUGGCCCUGGACUCGGACCUGGCCAACCUGACGGCCGGCUGGCCGGGCCUGGUGCGCCGACUCGGUGACCUGCGCAGUGACCUGGAGCGGGCCGUGUCACUCUGUACAGACCGCGACCGACACCUGUGUGAGGGUCUGCAGUCUGACGGACUGGCGCUGACCCAGCUGGACGUCACAGCGGACGCGCUGGCACCGAGCCUGGAGCUGGUGCGGCGGUACCGGUCCGCGGACGUGGCAGCGCUGGCCGAGACGGCACAGACCUCGGUCACAGCACUGGCCAACAGCCUGCAGAGCGGCAUCAGCACCGCCAGACCGGGGAUAGUGCGGGAGCUGCGUGGCUCACUGGAGAGAGCCGGACGCCACCUGGCAGAGGUGCAGCCCGCCCUGCGACAACUGCUCGCGCACCUCAGCGGACUGGCCGAGAGAACUCGCCGCCGGCCCUUGGUGACGGAGACCGCGGCCACGGCCAUCUGGGGCAGCACUCUCGCCGUUCCGUGUCUGGUGCUCACGGUGACGGCGCUGCUGUACGGGGCCGUGGUCGGCUCGUACUUCCCCAGUCGGAGCUCCUCGAGACCCCAUCGGCACACCGCCAACACCAUUCGCAUGGCGCUGUUUCUGCUCACGGUGACCUCCGCUCUGGUCUGGUUAGUGGCGGCAGUCGGCGCGCUGGUGGCGGGUCUCCUACAGGCCGGCCUUUGCCCCCGUCCGGCGGACGACCGACCUGCUGAAGUGGCCCAGGUCACCCACCGGAUGGGGCUGAGGGCGGCCCUGCUGCCGGCCACUCCGGGCCCGGUGCAGCAAUCACUGGCGGACACCCUGAGGCAGUGCCGGGCCGGCGGCAGUCUGCUGACCGUGUUUAACCUGGACCGCCCCGCCGCGGUGAAUGCCGCCGGUCAGCUCGACGCCCCUCGCCUUCACUCCCUGCUGGACCGGGUGGUGAGCCGAGCGCCGGCGGACGGACGGACAGACCUGCUGGCCACCAGUCUGAACCAGUACCUCCGGCUGGCGGCCGAGCUGGUCCACACCGACCUCGGCCCCGUCAAGGAGAAGCUGGAGCGCCGCUCGGCGUCCUCGGACGUCGCCGGGGUGCUGACACGGCUGAGCUCAGCACUGAGUCAGCUCAGCUCGGAGACGGACAGGGAUCGGCUCAGCGCCCUGGCUGACCGGCUGACCGAGAUCGUCACCGGAGCUCUGUAUACACUGCAGAAACAGAAGGCUCGACUGGUCGUUCAGGUGGCCACUCUGGACAUGUCGGCCAUGGCGCUCAGAGGUCAGGUCACCAGUCUCAGAGGCCAGAUCGCCCAGGUGGACAGCUUCCUCAGCAACAACGCCAGCCACGUCAUACAGCAGGAAGAGUCCAAUUUCCGCCGCCAGAUAAGAGGCCGUCUCGAGCAGUUCUCCAAUCAUGUGCAGACGGUACUACGCCGCGACACCAGCUGCCUCCCCGUGUGGCUGGCCUUCAGGUCGUCGGCCUCGACGGCGUGCCACCAGCUGCUGGGGGGUGUCGGCGCCUACUGGCUGGGCUGUGCGCUGACCGGGGCACUGCUGCUGCUGCUGGCCGCCGCCGCUGGCCCGCUGCUGGCCCGGCUGACCAGCGGACGGCGGCCCUCCUCAGAAGAACCUUCUGUUGAAGGGGAUUUCAAGCUGUGGGGAUCAGUGUCUUCAGAGAUGCAACAGACCAACGUGAAGACUGUCGGCUCUGCCACUGCCUCCGAACCGACGGACUCAAAUAGUGGCGAGGGGCGAUGGUAGCCGGGUCCUGAGCAGCGGUGGUGACCGGACCCAAAAAAAUGGGCGACGGUGACCGGAGUCUGAGACCCAGAGACGACGGUGAAGGCGCCCUGAGACAGUGAUGGCGACCGCCGGACCCUAAAAAUGGGCGAUGGCGACCGAAUCCUGGACAGUGGACGGAGGGUGGUGACUGGUGGCGACCGGACCUGAGACCCACGGUUGAUAAAAACCGGACCUAGAGGGCAAUGGUGACCGGACCCCGAGACCCAGGGGUGAUGGUGACCGGAUCCAGAUGACGUGACCCUGACGUAGAACAAUGGUGAUCGGAACAUAUUUUUCAUUUUGCUUAAUUUUGCUCGUUCCGCCACUAAUUCUGCCCAGGAUGUCGAUGUUAUGAACGGUUCCGUGUUAUGACGCGUAUGAUGAGAGUCAACACGACUGGCGAUUGGCACAUCUGUUUAGUAAUCGUGUCUGGCAGCGGCAGAGACGCAGUAUUAGAUAUAUCAAUGACACAGAAAGCCUCACCUUCCUGGCGCCAUUUCAUUUUUUGAUAAACAUGGAUGCACGCAUACAUAGAGCAAACUCUGGAAGUGCUACUUAUCAGUUGAAGCAACGGUAAAGGCCUGGCUACACUAUGCGUUUUCUGCGUGCUUCUUUUGCGGGUUUGGGGUUUUUGCGUAAUAUUGCUCUAGAAAAAAAUAAACAAUAUCACGUUUUUGUGAUAUUUUUUAUGUUAAAUUUUAGUUUAUAUAGUGGUUAUACCUAUUAAUUUUUAUAUAACUAAUUUAAAAGUUAAAUUAUUUAUAACUUUUCUUUUCUAGAACGAUUUUACGCAAAGAACGCAAACCCGCCAAUAACGCACGCAGAAAACCCAUAGUGUAGCCAGGCCUUUAAUGGUCACACGGAUGGAAUGACUUCCCGAGUGUGUUCUACUCAUUCGCUACAACUGGGAAUAGAAGGAGGUAGGAGUAAAGCAUGAUCUCGAUAUUGUGUGUUUCGAGUUGAAUGAGCAGGUCCUCAUAACAUGCUGGAUUACUUCGUAUGUAGGCCUGCAUAGUGCCUUUGUGCACCAUGUGUAUUUGUGUUGUGUAUUGUACGGUGCACAAAUAUAUUCAUAAGGCACAUGCGUAUAACGACCAUCAUAGGGAAUGGAUUGAAUCCACCCCUGAAGAAACGUCUCUUUUGCUGUUAGUUUGAUAACAUGAAUAUGCGAAAUGAAUAAAGUGCUGGGUAGGUAUGCUUUCCUAUUUAUUAAUUAAUGUACCACAAACAACCAAGCCUUCCCUGCCAGUGAUGUUACGUUUUGCCGACCUCAUGGGCCAGAAAUAAAUUUUAGGAAUGUCAUUUUAAUUUAUGUCUAUCUAUCUUCGUUUAUAUGAUCUGA